UUUGAAGCUAUCGAGAGUGUGUGACUGCAUAUGCCAAUACAAUUUGUGUGUGUUUUUUUUUUCAAACUCAAGACAAUAUUACACGCGAAUGGCAAAUAGAAAAGAAGUUGCGCAUUAAAAUCGGCGCUUUGCACUUGCAAUUUGUAAACAGUGGUAACAACUGCGAAAGCUAAACAAUUUUGUUGCAUAGGCAAACGGGGACCACCAUGAGCGGCGGCGGCAGCAAGUCGGGCGUUGUCCUCAAUUGUCGCACAUGCACCCGGGCUUGUAAACAAUACAAAUCGCUCCAAGAUGAAAUUGAGAUCGGUCCCGAGGGCAGCACCACGUUAGCGCACAUGCUCCACUAUUGCUCGAAUCUAUCGUUUGAGCCCCAGGAUGGCGCCGCAAUGCCCCAGCACAUUUGUAUGCAUUGCCUUCAGCUGUUGGAGCAGGCGUUUAAUUUUAAGCGCAUGGUCAUCGAUUCCGAUGAACUGCUCCGUUUAGGUCUCGAGGAAGUCGAUAACACGUCUAAUCCCAAUCAAAAUCCCAAUGCCACUGACAAUAACAACCAGGAGUACGUAAUGAUUGAGCUGCUGGGCGAUGAAAACGGUACCGAAUCUGGGGCCAAAUCGAAUGCCGCAACGUUUGGCGAGUCGUGCUCUGAACAGGAAAACGAUAUGGAGCCAGAGGCGGAAGAAGAUGAAUUUAUUGUCGAUAAUCCGGAGUUAGAUGCAUAUGUUGAGACAGAAGAUGCACUCGAUUUCCAAACGACAGACAUUGAGUAUGUGACAAUCAAAGCAGAAUACGACUCGCAAGUUGAGGACGAAGAUGACAUCGAGAUUAUGGACUCGCCCGUCGUCGAAACGGUCAACGAACAAAUGCAAAUCCAAAUGCUUCACGAUCACAUGGUCAUCCUGUCCGGCGAGGAGCACAUCGAUGAGGUAAUUGGCGAAGUCGAAGCCGACGAUAUACUCGACAUCGAGCGCGAGGAGCAUUUGCUAACGGGUGAUAGCGAGGAGGGUGAGGAAUUUCUGGAUGAGUCAAUGGCCGAUGGGGGAUCGCUACUGGUUGUCGCCGGACCUGGCAGCGAGGUCCUGCCCCAUGUGUGUAAUGUGUGCAACAAGGCGUUCCGACAGCAGUGCCGUCUCAAUCAGCAUAUGCGCUCCCAUGUGGACGAGAAACUGCACAAGUGCGAAGUGUGUGGAAAGAAGCUGAAACACUUGCGCAACUACAAGGAGCAUAUGCUGACGCACACGAACGUUAAGCCGCAUAAGUGUUUGGUGUGUUCCCGCUUCUAUCGCACCACAUCCAGUUUGGCUGCCCACAUGCGCACCCAUGCCGAGGACAAGCCGUACAAGUGUGAUCAGUGCGGACGCAGCUAUGCGGCGGUCGAUCAUCUGCGACGGCACAAGCUGACGCACACCGGUGAGCGUCCAUAUGCGUGCGAUCUGUGUGAUAAGGCCUACUAUGACUCGUCGUCGCUGCGUCAGCACAAGAUUAGCCAUACGGGCGAGAAGGCGUUCACCUGUGAAAUCUGCGGGGUUGGCCUCUCACAGAAAUCGGGCUACAAGAAGCACAUGCUGGUGCAUUCCGGCGAAAAGCCGCACAAAUGCCCCAUCUGUGGGCGUGCCUUCACCUUCACCAGCAACCUGAACGCCCAUUUCCGGCUGCACUCCGGCGAGAAGCCAUUCAAGUGCGACAAAUGCAUGAAGGCAUUCCCAACGAAAAAGCGCCUCAACAGCCAUCUGCGUGUGCACAACAAGGAGGCGCCCGUCACGACAACCAGCAAUAUUAUCAGCCCUGGCUCCAAUGGGCAGUCGGAACGGACCGCACUGGUUGCAGCCGGCCGUCGGGCAGCCAUCAAUAUGACCGAUGGUAUGGAUCAUCAGGUAUCCACAUCCAAGGUGGUUGUGGUUCUAUAAACGCCCUAGUUACGCUUUUGUGUUUAAGUCCAAAUCUUUAAAUACACAUAUGUACAACAAGUGA